AUGUCUGAGAAGAUGCGGGAAUCUCAGGAGGAUAUAGUGGCCAAGUUAACCCGACUGAUAACUAAGGGAGGUUUCACCCCUCCACAUGAGCGAGCUCAAGCUGAAUACCCGCGCAAAUCUACUGUCACCAUCAUGCCUCAGCAAUUUCGAGCUGGUGUUUCGAACCUCCAAACUGGGCCAGGUUUUAAUCCCGAAAACAAUCCUAUUAACUCUGCCAUCCCUGACUUUGAUGAAGUGGUUGAGAAGGAAAGAGUGAAGGAAGAGUUACCAAAGCAGUUGGAAGAAAGAUGCAGGUGGCUCGAAGAGAAGUUCAAGGCGAUAGAGGUUGCUGAGAGUUAUCGAGGCAUUGACGCGAAAGAGCUGAGUUUAGUGCCAGAUCUAGUACUCCCUCAUAAAUUUAAGAUGCCUGAAUUUGAAAGGUACAAUGGGACAAGCUGCCCAGCAGCUCACAUCACCAUGUUCUGCAGGCGAAUGACGGGUUAUGUUAACAACGACCAACUUUUGAUACACUGCUUCCAAGACAAAUUUUACUGGGCAAAGAUCCAAGUGGUACAAUCGGUUGAGUCGUGCCACGAUUGGAUCAUGGAGGACUUGGCACAAUCGUUCAUGAAACAAUAUAGUCAUGUGGAUCGACAUGGCUCUGCUGUAAUCACCCUUCGUAACAUGGAGAAAAGCCGAGUGAAAGCUUCAGCAAGACGAGAGAUGGAGGGAGGAAGUGCCACAAAAAGCUUUCCUGACAUAGCCAUGAACGGCGAGAUGAUUGAGAACGCCAUCAGGAGUGGGAAGAUUGAUGCUGGAGAGAGUAACAGAAGAUCAGCCUCGAGGAGGAAGGAGAGUGAGGUGAACAACAUGAGCAUGUACAACAAGGGCUACUCGAAGUCAGUAACAGUGAGUCAGCCAGGAAAGACGGCUGCCAAUCAGCAAAGCUCGUCGAGACAGGAGGGAACUAUACCGAAAUUUAUUCGACGCACACGUAGUUUCCCUAUUCUAUCUGAAGCCUUUACAGCCCCCGUACCCCAAAUGGUACGACGCAAAUGCACAGUACGACUAUCAUGCGGGAAUCACGGGCAUUCCAUAGAAAACUGUACUGCCUUCAAGAAGGUGGUUGAAAGGCUCAUUAGUAUGGGUGUCGUUAAAUUUGAUGAAGCCACCAAAGCAGAAAAUCCAUUACCGAAUCACACUAAUGGUGGGGUAAAUAUGGUGGGUGAAGACAGAAGAAUCAAGGCAAACAUUGCGGAUGUAAAAACUCCUUUGAGAUGGGUUUGGAAGGAGAUGGUGAAAAGGGGACUAAUCGUCUCAGAAGAAAGUUGUGAAAAGAGGGAGAACUACUGCGAGUUCCACCAUGAAGUGGGGCAUGAAAUCCAAGAGUGUACGGAGUUCAGAGCCUUGGUACAGAGUAUGAUGGAUAAUAAGGAGGUGGAAUUUUGUGAAGGAAUUCAGAGGGAGAAUCAUGUAUGCACGUCAGAGUUGGCGUUGGGAGUCCCGGAGGCUAACCGUCCUGUGGUCAUCAUUUCGCGACCUCAAAACAGUGAGGUUGGGGCACGAAUAACACCAAAGGUUAUCAUUCAAAAACCGGCCGUGUUUACUUACAAGGAUAACAGGAGGGUUCCUUGGAAUUACAAUUGUAAUGUGACAAUCCCGGGGAAGGAGGACGUGAUUAAUAAAGAGGACCAUGAUGAAGGAGGGCAUGACAAACAGGUGAAGGCUCGAGUAGAGCCAAUAAGAGAAGAAACUUCGAUUGGGAAGAAGAAGACGGUCGAACCUGAAUUGUUGGUCAAUGAACCAAUCAAGGAGGAUGAAGCUAGAGAGUUCUUGAAGUUUAUCAAGCAUAGCGAGUACAGCGUUGUGGAUCAGCUACACAAACAACCAGCUCGCAUAUCUGUGCUAGCUUUACUCCUGAACUCGGAGGGACAUCAAAAUGCAUUACUGAAUGUGCUAAAUGAAACUUACGUGGUCGACGAUAUCUCUGUUAACAAGUUAGAUCGACUGGUCGGCAAUAUAAGCGCUGAUAACUUCAUCUCUUUCAGCGAUGACGAAAUACCACCUGGGGGUAUGGGAUCUACUAGAGCUUUACACAUCACUGCAAGGUGUAAAGGAUGCAUAUUACCAGGGGUUCUGGUAGACAGUGGAUUGGCAUUAAAUGUAUUGCCCCUAUCCACGCUCAACAGUCUACCUGUGGAUAGUUCGCAUAUGAAGUCGUGUCAGAACGUGGUUCGAGCAUUUGAUGGUACUGAGAGAGGGGUCAUGGGAAGAAUUGACAUUCCCCUAUUAAUUGGCCCAACUAUUUAUGAGGUGGACUUCUUAGUUAUGGACAUCAAGCCUUCUUACAGUUGCCUAUUAGGAAGGCCAUGGAUUCAUUCAGCAGGCAGGGUUGUGACGAUAGACGCUGAAGAAGAUAUCAUUGCUUCUGUGACCAACGAUGCGCCUUAUCUAGAAACAAGCGAUGAUGCAAUCGAGUGCUCUUUCCGUUCCUUGGAAUUUGUAAAUGCAACAUUCAUCCUUGAGGGGAGCAAGAUCCCGAUGCCGAGAAUAUCAAAGACCACAAGGAUGGGUCUGCAACUGACAGUAGGAAAGGGAGCUUCACCGAGAAAAGGAUUGGGGAAGUAUCUUCAGGGCAGAGUUGAGGCUCCAGUAUUGAAAGACAAGCAGGACCGUUUUGGCUUAGGAUACAAUCCAGAUGCUAGGCAGAAGAGGAUAGAGCAGGAAAAGAAACGAAUGAGAAGAAGGGCUCGUUUGACCAGGGAUGAAGUUGAAUAG